AUGGAAUCCAUACGUUCCUGGUUCACCCAAGGACCCUUUGAGGGAAAGUACGUCCAAGAUGCGAUUAUCUCUACCCAGAGUCCCACUCCCCGACCAUGGAAGAUCCUUCGAGUCAUCAAUGAGCAUUAUAACCGGGGCAAGAUAGGACGUCUUUCCUUCGCCACAAUUAGAUUGGAAUGUCGCCAGGGGGAUAUUUGUGCACCUCAAUCACCUCAUACAGAGAUUCGUGUGUAUUUACAAGUUCCAUAUUUCAAUACAGAGCUUGAUGCUUCGGAUAAACGUGCUGAGCAAGCUAUGGACUUCCAGCCUAACGAGUUUAAGGCCUACAAAAUGAUAACUGCUGAUGAAUCCGUUUCUCAGUUUACACGAAAGUUACUUGGCUAUGAGGAAGGAGAACAGGAGGAUUGGGGUCUAGUACCAGGAGGCUUCCAUGUCACAAUUGUAUGGGAGAUCCUUCCUGGAGUACGCCUAGGGGGGACAGGACAGACUCUUAGAGAGACGGUUCUGGAAACUUAA